UUUCAAUACCAAAUAGAUGUAUAAAUACAGUGGCUACGAAUCUGUUACUCUUACAGUAAGGAUUUUUACUUCAGUAUGUCUGGACGUGGUAAACAGGGCGGUAAGGCUCGUGCUAAGGCUAAGACCCGCUCCUCUCGGGCCGGUCUCCAGUUCCCUGUGGGCCGAGUGCACCGCCUACUCCGCAAGGGCAACUACUCGGAGCGCGUCGGAGCCGGCGCCCCUGUGUACCUGGCGGCGGUGCUGGAGUAUCUGACGGCCGAGAUCCUGGAGCUGGCGGGCAACGCGGCCCGCGACAACAAGAAAACACGCAUCAUCCCGCGCCACCUGCAGCUGGCCAUCCGCAACGACGAGGAGCUCAACAAGCUGCUGGGGAAAGUCACCAUCGCACAGGGUGGUGUCUUGCCCAACAUCCAGGCUGUGCUGCUGCCCAAGAAGACCGAGAGCCACCACAAGGCCAAAGGCAAAUAAUCUCAGAUAAACUUGAUUAGCUUGAGUACAAACCAAAGGCUCUUUUCAGA